UAAUACCCAAUCAAUUUUACCCACGUGUCACAAAUCUGGUUGCAGUCCAAUACUCCACUUGUAUACACAUAGCCUUUCCUAAGACCAUAUAUACUUUCUUCUUGGGAUCCAAAAUCCAACCACCUCAAAUUCCAAGCAACAACAAAAAUCAACACAAGCUAAACCAACACCAUCACACAGCUCAAAUCACAAAACUCAAAACUAGUUGAACUACCAAUGGAAAAAGCAUGGCGCAAAAUCCACGGCGAAGAUAAUUGGGUUGGGCUUCUCGAUCCAAUGGACCCAAUAAUGAGAUCCGAGCUAAUCCGCUACGGUGAAAUGGCCCAAGCUUGUUACGACUCAUUUGAUUUCGACCCAUAUUCAAAAUAUUGUGGUAGUUGUAUACACCCACACCACGGAUUUUUCCCAUCGUCGGAUCUUCCCCACAUAGGGUACACUGUGGCACGUUAUCUCUACGCCACAGCGAAUAUUAACAUCCCAUUUUUCUUCAAAAAAUCUCGAUGGCCAGAUAAAUACUGGAGCGAACAUGCGAAUUGGAUGGGAUAUGUUGCCGUUUCAGAUGAUGAAACAACAAAAACCAUAGGCCGGAGAGACAUCGUUAUCGCUUGGCGAGGAACCGUUACCCAUGUCGAAUGGGUAGCGAAUCUUCAAAAUUAUCUCAAACCUAUUUACAAAGACAUUCCUUGUCCCGACAAUGAUGUUAGAGUAGAAGCAGGUUUUCUUGAUAUGUAUACCGAUCGAAAAAACAAAGAUGGCUAUUGUAAAUACUCCGCAAGGGAACAAGUUUUAGGUGAAUUGAAAAGGUUGUUAGAAAAAUACUCAAACGAGGAAGUUAGUGUUACGUUAACCGGACACAGUUUAGGAAGUGCAAUGGCAAUGUUAAGUGCAUUUGAUAUAGCGGAAACAGGGCUAAAUGUUAGAGAAAAUGGGGAAAAGAUUCAUGUGUCGGUGUUUUCGUUUUCGGGGCCAAGGGUUGGGAACUUGAAAUUUAAAGGGAGGUUGGAAUCACAUUUAGGUGUUAAGGUUUUGAGGGUUCAUAACAAGCAUGAUCUGGUUCCGAAGUCGCCCGGGGUUUUGAUUAAUGAAACGUCGCCGUUUUGGUUGUUGAAGAUUGCGGAGGAUAUUAAUAUUCCAUGGUGUUAUACUCAUGUUGGAGUAGAGUUGGAGUUAGACCACAAGAUUUCUCCUUUUUUGAAUCCAGAUGCAGCUGCAGCAGAUGUCCAUAAUUUGGAGGCCAUCUUACACAUACUUGAUGGAUACCAUGGAAGAAACCGUGGAUAUGAAGCAACGACUAAUAGGGACCUUGCUUUGGUGAAUAAGAGAUGUGACUUUCUGAAAGAUGAGCACUCUGUGCCACCAAAUUGGAAGGUAAAUUUUUACAGGAUCAUGGUGAAGAAUGAAGAUGGACGAUGGGUGCUGGCUCAUCGCCCACAAGUCAUUGAUAGUAGCCAUCAUGAAGAUAUUGAACCUUAUCUCAUGCAAAUAGGCAUCACUUUACCUAAUAAAUAAAAGAGGGUAUUUUUUUUUUUAGUUUCGUGUCUUCUCAAUGUGGGGUCGUUUGAUUUCCCUUUUUAGUCCAGUGUUCGUUUGAUUUCUAUCAUGUUGUAGUAUUCAUUUGAUUCAGAUUGACAGAUCAACUACUAGUUCAACUAGUUACUAGGUCUUCAACUAUAUGCAAAUUUGAAGGCAAAUUCAUCCUUGUUUUAUCACAUUAUUAUUUGUGGACAUUAAUAUGUCGUUUUAUCGUUUUAACUUGGAUAUUACUAGUUUGUUCGCA